CUCACAGUUGAUUCAGAUGGGUUUUUCAGUGAACAGGACUGGACUGUGUUUCUCGCUGACUUGUUCAUUUUGCAUUCCAACUCUCUUUCCUUCUCUGUUUCCCUCUCUCCCGUUCCCACCUGCUCUGAAUUCAACUCACUGUCAUUAAUGUCAGAAACUUAAUCGUCACCAUCAUCGUCAUUCAUCGUCAUCAUCAGCAUCAUCAUCAUCACCAUCAUCAUUGUUAUAAUAGUAACUUCAAGUACUUUUGGUGCUUUAAGAGUGUGGAUAAGUGCAUCUGUCUGUCUGUCAACCCACUAUCUGUUUCUCUAACUGUGCAUGGGGAAAAGUAACAUUAUGGACUUUUUUGGGAUAGUGAUCAUUAAGCUGAUUCUUUUUCAACAAUGGACAAUCUGUUCAGGUUCUGAUACACAUUGGACCUAUACUGGUUCCGUUGGCCAGUUUCAAUGGUCAGAGUACUUCCCUGACUGUGGGGGAACAAAGCAGUCUCCUAUCGACGUGGAAACAGCCCAAGUCCAGCACGACUCCUCACUGACACCUGUGAGACCUUUAGGCUACCGCCAGCCAGGCAAAGAGCCCUUCACCCUCACCAACAAUGGACACACAGUGGAGAUGUCCUUGCCUGGUUGGAUGGGGCUGGGGGGUCUGCCCUGGAUCUUUACAGCUCUGCAGCUCCACCUUCACUGGGGAAGCAGCGGAAGCAGGGGAGGGGGCAGUGAACACACCAUCGACGGACACAGCUCCGCAGCUGAGCUCCAUGUGGUCCACUACAACUCAGAGCUGUACGCCAAUGUGUCCACAGCUAAGAAGCAAUCAGAUGGGUUGGCUGUACUGGGAGUAUUGAUCGAGACAGGUGAAGAUACAAACCCUGCCUUUGAGAACAUCAUCAGUUACCUCGGCAGCAUCAAACACCCAGGAAUGACAGUGUCCAUCCCAGCCUUUGAUGUCCAGACUCUGCUCCCUCUCAAUCUUGGACGCUAUUUUCGGUACAACGGCUCCCUGACGACGCCCCCCUGCUACCAGAGCGUGCUGUGGACCGUCUUCACGGAGAGGGUCAAGGUGUCUCACACACAGCUGAGGAAGCUGGAGACAGCUCUGUACUCCAGUGAGUCAGAGGAAUCUCACUCCAUUCCACUCCAGGACAACUUCCGCAACACGCAGCCCCUGAACCACAGGAUGGUUCUGGCCUCUUUCCCCCCAGAAACUGUCCCAAUUUACUCUGUUGGAGAAGUGUGUGCCAUGGUGAUUGGAGCACUGUGUGGAUGCAUAGGUCUGGCAGUGAUCGCUUGCUUUGUUGUGAAGACUAUUCGCUCCACCUCUAGUUGGGAUGUCCUGCCCAGCGUCAGACCAACUUCUAUGCCCAGAUCUAAGGAAACUCAGAAGGAGCCAAAACAGGAUGUGGUUUUCAAAACAACCUCUGACCCAGAAAAGGAAGAGGCCACCACUCAGCCUGAACCCUGACCCCUCUGUGACCCCCAUGGACCUCAAAAUCUACUUCCUGUUGGAGUGCAUGGACUUUCUGCAUGCUGUCUAAAGCAUCUGUAUCCCUCUAUUUCUAUCAUUGGAUCUAUGCUGGUAUACCUCUUCAAAGCUAUAUCCCCCCUCUCCCUUCUCUCUGCCUGUUCACAAAUCUUACUUCGUCCUCUCAUUGACUGCUCUUACCCGUUCCCCGCCUCUUAUAAGAAGUAGGCAUGCAUUGCUUGUAAGUAUUAAGGGUGGCAAGGGAGGAGCUGUUGUGUGCGUGGGUGAGCGAAUGCCUGUUUGAAUUGAGUUGUACAUAUUAUAUAUAUGCAUCGUAAUAAAUUCUAUGACUUCAGUCUUCCUCGCUGUGUAUAUACUGACCACCACAAACUCACGUCUGUCAAUGAAGUCCAUUUUCAGCUUCUGGCCAGUGUGAACAGUUUACAGGCUUUGCAUAAACGUGACUUAAGUCACAGGCACAGGUGCAUUUUCAACAGCAAUGAUGCUGACAAACCAAAGGUUUGGGUAACACUGUCACCUUCUGGUUAAUUUGUGUAACUACACCCAAACAAGAGAAACCCAAGCCUGAAAGUAAAAGCUCUGAUACACUGACUCAGAUCUUUUCAUUGAUCUGACGCAAGGCAAAAAAUUGUAGAACGAAUACCUUACAGUAAAUAUGAAUAAAAUACAAAAUUAAUAUUGUACAAUAAAUAUGUUCUUACAGUUCAAAUGUAAGACUUAGGCAA